AUGGCGACUGAUCUGUCCGAAGCUGAUCCCGCACACCGUAAGGCGCUUCCACUGUUAACGGGAGCCCCCCCGGACAAGUUGAGUGAGGUAGGGGCCGACCCUUCCCCACGCUCGCCCUUGGACUGGCCCCUGCGAGGGCUGCUCUACUCUUCCUUCCCCUGCUGCUUCUAGGAAUCUUGGUUGGGGCUGCCUCCAACACCCCCCUUCCCUUUCCCCUGCCCUCCCCUCCCCACCCCAUCCCAAAGCAAUGAUCCCUUCCCCUGCUUCCCCUGAGACCUCCCUUGCUGGGUCCCUUUGCUCUUCUCGUUCUGAACAGAAGCAAUAUACUGUAUACGUAUUAAAAUGUAUAUACAUCCUGUGAUGCUCACAAGUUCUGAUGGAAACAGGAAGUUGGAGCCAGCUGCCUCCUAAGGAGCCUGUGCGCAGUUGCCUCCGUCUUAGGUGGAAUACAUGGUGGGGUGAUGGUGGCUUCCUUCUGGGUGUCCCUAGUUCCCUCUGGAGCCUUCCCCCUGCCCUAGCCCACUCCGCACCUCCUGGACUCUCCUCGUGACGCUCUUGCCACUGUUUCCCUUCCAGACGGCUGAAGACGCCACCAUGCCCAUCCGCCGGGCCGUGAAUUCUUCUGCUCGGGAAACUCCUCCCAAAAGCAAACCUGCUGAAGGGGAGGAGGCCAAGCCAGGUAAAGACUCCCACUCCCACCUGUUGUCCUCCUUGGUCUGUGGUCAAGUGGUGGUGGUAGGGCUGAUUCACAUGCAGCCUUGUCCUUUCAGCCAGAGAACCAUCACUGUUUUAUAAGUUGAUCCUUGGGGAUCUACUGAAAUUGUAUGUGUAUGUAUGAGACACACAGAGAAUCAGGUGGGAGUUUGGAAAGUUUGAUGCAUUAUGUUAUUUUUAAUAGCAUUUAUUAUUUCAGUUUGCAUCCCACCCUUCCUAAUAAGAAAAAUAGGAACAAUAUUUUUUGUAAACUGGUUUGGGUUCCUUGUUUUUACAAUCAAUAGGUGUAUGAAUUUUAUUAAAUUAAAGUGGUUCUUUUUUCCCUUUCCUUUUUUUGGUUUUUGUUUGGAGAAGUGUUCUAAAACAGAAAAAUAGAGAUACUAAGAGAGCUGAGUGGGGGGUGCUCAUGUAAUAUCACUGUAUACAAGUUGUACAAGUGACAAUAAAGUAUUUCAAUUUCAAUAAAAACAGUUUUGAAAAGUGUUCCCCCAACCAGUGAGUUCAGAGUUGCCUGAAACAUUACCUUUCAGCCGUCCAAGGCCAAGGGGUGUUUUUAGAUUUCCUCCUGGAAAUCAGUAAUGGCACAAACGGGCAUACGUCACCAGGAAGAGCGUUCCACAAGGGGUGAGAACCGUCCCCAGCAACUGGGCUCACUGCCAACUGGGUAUUCCCCCGUGGUCGUACCACCAAGAAGACCACCUUGUACAGGCAAAGCACGGGCUCAGCCCCUGAACUAUAGCCUGCCCUCACCACCACACCCACCCUGCAGAGUAUUGGGGAUGGAAACUGAGCCCCAGUUGCCGAUUGAGCCAGUGGCUGCCCUCCAACUCAUCAGCUUAUAAGUGAAGGAGGUUGAAAGGUACCAAAAAGGCAACUCCGUCACUACCUAUGGUUCCCAAUAGCCCACCAGUGGGCAACCCCCCCCCCCCGUCUGCCUCUGGCUACCAGCUGAUUGCUUUUGCCAUCCUGCCUGCUUGUGAGCAGUUACUUCAGUCAGGAGACAUAGAAGGGGCCAAGGUCGAUCUGUCCCAUUGUGGCAUUCCUCAGGCAGGGCCUGUUGGCCCAACUGCAGUGGGUGUGGGUGCGUUUUGUCCUUCACAUGUAACUUGCACAUGGCCCUCUUCUUCCUCUUCCCUCUCAGAUCCUGAUGUCAGCUCAGAGGAAUCUGCUUCGACUGUAGAGGAGCAAGAGAAUGAAACUCCACCAGCCGCACCCAAUGAGGCAGAGCCACCCAAGGAGCCCGAAGUGGAGGAAAAGGAAGGAGAGGCAAAGCCUGCCGAGGAAGCCAAAAAGGAGUAAGGGGUGGGGGCAGUCCAUACCCGGGGGCAAAGGCUAUGCCAAUGUCUCUGCCAAGCCUACCUGGAGAUGCAGCCAGGGAUUGACCUGGGGCCUUCUGCAUGCCAAGCAGGUGCUCAACCUCUGAGCUGCCAUCCUUCCCUGACAAUUUGGGGGAUGCAGUCCUGGGCUAAGUGGAAGUGGCUUUGUAUAAGGGGCUAAGUGGAAGUGGCUUUGUAUAAGGCCAUGUCCAACAUUCAGUUGCCCAGUUCUUCUGAUUCCAGCACUCUGCUUUUCUGUGAACUCAGAGCUCCCCUGAGCUGCAGAAAAUGUAUUUGGGCUUCUGGGAUUCCUGCAUAAGUUUUGAGUCUCUCCCUUUGUGUGUGUAAAGGGAGAAGGAUCAAGUCAAAGAGGAGAAGAAGAAAGUCAAGAAGACCAUCCCUGCCUGGGCCACCCUCUCUGCCAGCCAGCUAGCCAGAGCACAGAAGCAGACGCAUAUGGCAGCUUCUUCUCGCCCCAAGAUGGAUGCCAUUUUGAUUGAGGCAAUCAAGGUGAGCACAAAGGGUGGGCUUCUUGUGGGUUUGCUGCUCUUCCUUUCUCUUUGUGCCUCUUCCCCGCCCCCAGGUAUGUGGUGUUUUUUGUCACCUUUCACUCCCCAGGAAUAGAGUGCCAGUUGCACCGCUGGUUUAAACAUAUUUGCUGUUUCUGUGUUUUUACUGCAUAGGUCGCCUCGAAACGGAUUGUUUAGAAGGCGAUUAAUAAAUCAUUGAUAAUAAUUGCUCUCACCGUCAGCACCAGUGCAAACGCCCCUGCCUCCCAGCUCAAAGGGCACAGCUCUGCUGUGGUCAGUGUUCAACCUUUGGGCCAGGAGACGCCCUUGACACCUGCCAGUUGGACCUCCCAGUUUCCUAUAGGAAGUCCUCCAGGCUUAAAAUAUCUUUAUAGAGGGCUUUGUUUGGGAUGCUGUCAGAAAUCUGCCACCAUCACAUUUCAUGUGGAGGUGGGGGGAAUGCACACAUGCACACACUUUAGGAAGGCAGCGUAUGGCUAUGAGAGCACCCUGAUUUGAGUGAGAAAGGGAGAAUGGCUCAAGUCAUGAGCAGCCUGGGCUUUGCUAGUUGUCCUGGGAGAAUCCUGCGAGUGAAAAGCCCCUGCUAGUCCAUCUGGUAACCCUGAGCUAGAUGGUAUUGACCCCCUAGUCGCUCCAGGUAAGGUUAUGAAGCGCCCCGUCUUGAAACUGUGCAAGAAAGAUACAGCCAGAUCAGGCCAUCUUCCUGUUCUCACUAUACCCAGCAGACACCUCGGUGUGAUUUUCCCCAGCAACUGGCAUAGGGUAAGCCUAGUCACAGGUGCCUCUUCUCCUUCCAGGCAUGCUAUCAGAAAGGCGGGGCAUCAGUUGUGGCCAUCCGGAAGUACAUCAUCCAUAAGUACCCUUCACUGGAGCUGGAGAGGAGGGGCUACCUCCUCAAGCAGGCCCUCAAGAGGGAGCUAGAGCGAGGGGUCAUUCGGCAGGUGAGUUGGGUGUGGGUCAAGGGUUCUUUUGCUUGCUUAUUUCUCUCUAGCCUGCCCAGCAUUAGGAGAGCUUGCAGAUUGGGUGUGUUAAGACUGAAACAAUCACUUACAUUUUCCAGAGUUCAAAGGCUUUAUUCAUGCAGGAGCAGCUUUGUCUUGGCAAAAACUAUUUAUUUACAGGAUGAGCAGAGCUAAAGAGAGAGAAAUGGGAGACACCUUGUCAGAACAAGUUGGGAGAGAGAAACAAAAUGGCUGAGCUUUUAGGGGCACAGUUAACUUAGGCAAAGAGACUACAAAAAUGUUGGAUAGAUUACUAGAGAAACAGUGCCCUGAUGUGGUUUAAAGUAGCAUCUUAGAAGCUAAGAGAAGGAAAUGCAUUUGUUUUGUCCAACACUCGGUCCCAAGGAGAAUUCAGGGGCAGGGAACAAAGGUGUUAAAUGUACCACUAAAACCAAUUUACAGUAGGCCUGAGGAAAGCAUCUGCCAGCAUGGCAUAGGGAAGCUUUCCCAGCCUUUCCUCCUAAGGAAAGUUUGCCUGGUGCCUGAACUGGACCCCUCUUUCUCUAUGCCAGGUGAAAGGAAAAGGAGCCUCUGGGAGCUUUGUGGUGGCCCCGAACUCAGGGAAAACGGCCCCCAAAUCCAGGGACCGGAAGGUAAUGCUGAGGGGCCUGGGGGAGGUUUAGGAGUUGAGGUAGCAAAACUCGUAAUUAGUGUGCACAGUUGAAAUCCUCCAUUCUCUGAAGGAAUUAACAAGGGGUCUUGUCUGAAUCAGGUCUUGUAUCCCUUCAAGAGCUCUGAAGAAGGCACACGUUCCACAGUGGUGGAAGCACUUGAAGAACUAGUGGCAGACCCUUUUCCAUGUCUGUUGAUGGCAAAGGAUUGCAGUAAACAUACAUAAUCUUUGAGAUAAAAGCCACAUUUGCCACAUACAUUUAAAGCACAUGACUUUCCGCCAAUGAAUUAUGGGAACUGUAGUUUAAGGGUUGUGGGAAAUGUAGCUGUGUGGGGGUAAACUACAGUUGCUGGGAUUCUUUGCUGGGGAGAGGGAUGUGCUUUAAGCAUGUGAUGUGGACGUGGUGAUUAGCACAGACAAUUGCUUUGUAAACAACAUGUAGAAAACGGGGCUAGGGAUGCAUUAGAAGAAAUGAAUACUUGCUUUGCUUCCGACCUCUCUCCUCCACAGCGGAGCUCUUCUUCGGCGUCCGGCCCAGAGCAGCAGGUGAAGCUGGAAGACAUCCUCCCGCUGGCCUUUACACGCCUCUGCGAGCCGAAGGAGGCAUCCUACAGCUUGAUCAAGAAAUAUGUCUCCCAGUAUUACCCGAAGCUGAAGGUGGACAUCAGGUAGGGCUGGAAGGGGAAGGGCAGGAAGGAGGCACUGGCUGGCCAACCAGCCAGGACUUCUUGCUUUAGGCUCUGCCCUCUGUGACAGCAGGUGGCUGGGCACAACUCUUCAACAACUUCCGACUUGGCAUUGGCAGCAAAGGAUUAUUCCCUGUUGGGAACGCGGGUGGUACCAUGUUCACAGAAGUGGACCCAUUUCAGUGAGAGGAACUGAGCCAUGUCCAUCAGUUGCAUCUACUCAAGUAGGACUAACUUUGGGUAUGAACUGAUGUUCUCACCUGAGACAUGUACCUGUGGGGUGUUCAGAGUGUCCCGCCAUUGUAGCCAGAGCAGAGGAAAUGGCUUUCUUUACAGCUCAGUGGCGACUGAACCUGGGGCUCCCUGCACGAAAGGCAGGUGCUCCACCCCUGAGCUGUAAAGAAAGCUCAAUUCUGAGCUCAGUGGGCAAACAGCCAGGCUUGGUAGAAGGCAGCUUUCGCUCCUGCUCAAAAUUAGUUUCGCCCCGAGGGGACCACUAGGGGGCGCAUCGGAAGAUGGCUGACAGUAACAUCUCUCCGACCGACACGAGGUAAUUUGGAGGCUAUGAUGGGAGUAAUUAGCCUCCCUAACCCCCCCAGGACGGUGGGGGGGGGGACUGCCCUUGCCUGCUGUGCCCUAUACCACCCCCGAAUUUGUGGGGAUGGGGGCACUAGGCACAAAGCCCUCCUGUGGGAUUCCGGCACUUCUGGACGCCGUCCCUGAUUCGCGCCACUAGCUGCAAGAAUUUCAAAAGAAAACAAUUUGGAUGAAGGAAUGCACAUAUUUCAAGGAAGGAGGGGAGUAAAGACUGCUAUAGAAGAGAUCUCUGAUAAAACAAGACAAGAAUAAAACAUGAGAAGAUACGCCAAGACACGGUAUGGCAAAUGACUGAUGGGGGAGGGGAAAAAAAACUUUCCUUUCUUUUCUUAUGUGAUUAACAAGAAUCCCCUCCCCUCACGAGUUACAAGUCAGAAAUGUCGUUUUAAGGAUUUAAGCUGUGGAUUUAAGGCUGUGUGGAGAUAAACUUUCGAACCAAAGCAUGUUUUAAGAAGAGCGAGGAAUGUAUAAGAGCUUGGGAAUGACGCAGUUAAAAAUGCCGUCGCCAUAUUGGGAAGUUCUGUCGGAGGUCUUGAGUCUGGGAGAAGAAAGAGAGAAAUAGAGCUGUUUAUAUAUUGUGGGUGGAACUCCUCAGAGGGACUUAAGAGAGAGAGUUUUGCGAGAUUAAUGAUGGAAAGAGCAAUGUUAUCUAUGAAGGCGAUGAUAUAUGGAAACCAUCUCGAUUUGAGGAAUGGAAGAACGGAAAAUUCACACAGGAUUAUUAUUAUUGGUGUUUAUAAUAAUAAUAAUAAUAAUAAAUUUUAUUUAUAUCCCGCCCUCCCCAGCCAAAGCCAGGCUCAGGGCGGCUAACAACAAACAAAUAAUCAAACAAUCAAAUAAUCCAACAUUCUAAAACAUUUCAUUAUAAAAUUAAUUAAAAUCAAAUUAAUGGCAACCGUUAAGCAAAGUUCUGUGCAGGUUGCCGGAGGUGGGAGUCAGGCUGGGCCCUGACCAAAGGCCUGGUGGAACAACUCUGUCUUGCAGGCCCUGCGGAAAGAUGUCAGGUCCCGCAGGGCCCUAGUCUCUUGUGACAGAGCGUUCCACCAGAUUGGAGCCGCAGCCAGAAAGCCCUGGCUCUAGUUGAGGCCAGCCUAACCUCUCUGAGGCCUGGGACCUUCAGGAUGUUUUUAUUUGCAGACCGUAGGUUCCUCUGUGGGGCAUACCAGAGAGGCGGUCCCGUAGGUACGAGGGUCCUAGGCCGUAUAGGGCUUUAAAGGUUAAAACCAGCACCUUAAACCUGAUCCUGUACUCCACCGGGAGCCAGUGCAGCUGGUAUAGUACCGGAUGAAUGUGAUCUCGCAGCGAAGACCCCAUAAGGAGUCUCGCCGCGGCAUUCUGCACCCGCUGGAGUUUCUGGGUCAGUCUCAAGGGCAGCCCCACGUAGAGCGAGUUACAAUAAUCCAGUCUGGAGGUGACCGUCGCGUGGAUCACAGUGGCUAGGUCAGGGCGAGAGAGAUAAGGGGCCAACUGCUUAGCUUAGCGGAGAUGAAAAAAUGCCGCCUUUGUUAUAGCUGUAAUCUGCGCCUCCAUAGAGAGGGAGGUAUCGAAGAUUACACCCAAACUCUAACGGACGGUGCUGGCACUAAUUGCACCCCGCAAGAGAUGGGAGUUGCCCCCAAUCCCAUAUCGUCCCGUCCCAGCCAGAGGACCUCUGUCUUCGAAGGAUUUAACUUCAACCGGCUUCCGCGUAACCAUCCAGCCACAGCUUCCAAACAUCUGGUCAGUGUGUCUGGGGCCGAGUCAGGAUGGCCAUCCAUCAACAGAUAGAGUUGGGUGUCAUCGGCAUACUGAUGGCAACCCAGCCCAAAACUCCGGACAAGCUGGGCGAGGGCGCAUAAAGAUGUUAAAAAGCAUCGGGGAGAGUAUCGCACCCUGAGGCACUCCACACACCAAGGAGUGGCGGGAUGACAAUUCCCCCCCAAGCGCCACCCUCUGUCCCCGACCGGAGAGAAACGAGCGCAGCCAUUAUCAGCUUAAGGAGACUAUCAGAAGAGAUCAUAAAGAAAAAAGAGAAAAUAUAUAAACAAGAUGUGAUGUGGAAACAGCAAGAUAUGAUUGGAUAGAAUUAUGAACUUGGUUUGGACUGAUUUGGACAUUAACGUAGUAGCAAGAAGAUGAUCAGAAUCCCCCUUCGGAUUUUGAAAUAUGGGUCCCCCCAACAAAAUUUAAAAUUUGGCUUUGUAAUUCGGAACUUAUGUGAUGUGAUUUAAUUUGAUUUGAUUGGCCGGUUAAUAAAAAUUAUUUAAAAAAACAAACAAAAUUAGUUUCGCCCCACUGCUCCUGUGAUCCUCCUCCCCGCAAAAAAAGGAAUCCUUAAACUCUUCUAGGUUUAUUCCAAAUGUUUUGAAGUAUACUUGGAUUUUUAAAACGGGGGGGGGGGGGGGGUAGCUACUUGGCUGGUAGUCUGUGCGAGGGUUUUGUGCUCCAGUUCACAGCCUGUGGACAGAACAAGCCAUUCUGCAUCCCGUGAGGAAGCAGAAUCUCCUCCACUUCAAGGAAGGGCCACCCGGGAGGGCUUUGUGUCAGCCUCGGGCCCAGGAAAGAAGCAUCACUCUUCCUCCUGGGAGGCUGUUUCAGCCAUCCUCCCUCUUUUCAGCCGGCUCUCCCUGCUGCUGGGAGAUAGGGACUGUGUGGUCUUUGCCGCUCUCUCUGCCAAUCAUGGCCUUAAAGCUCCUUUUCUUCCCUCCCACAGACCCCAGUUGCUGAAGAAUGCUCUGCAGAGAGCAGUGGAGAAGGGCCAGUUGGAGCAGAUCACAGGCAAAGGAGCUUCUGGAACUUUCCAGGUGUGUGGGGGGGGGGAGCAGCCCAGCUCCCUUUAACUUGACUCCCUCUGGCUCCCCUCCUCCAUUGGCCUGCCAAGAGCAAGCAGCUUAGGGGGCUGCGUCUGGUUUGGGCUGGGGUUUACCAUAACGACUGUCUGUUUCAGCUGAAGAAAUCUGGGGAGAAGCCCCUUCUGGGUGGGAGCCUGAUGGAAGAUGCCAUCCUCUCCGCCAUUGCGGCCAUGAAUGAGCCCAAGACCUGCUCCACCACUGCUCUGAAGAAAUAUGUUCUGGAGAAUCACCCCGGGUCAAACUCCAGCUUCCAAGGUAAGGAGGCACAGAGGGGGGGAAGAAGAAGAGUUUGGAUUUGAUAUCCCGCUUUAUCACUACCCGAAGGAGUCUCAAAGCGGCUAACAGUCUCCUUUCCCUUCCUCCCCCACAACAAACACUCUGUGAGGUGAGUGGGGCUGAGAGACUUCAGAGAAGUGUGACUGGCCCAAGCUCACCCAGCAGCUGCAGGUGGAAGAGCAGGGACGCGAACCCGGUUCACCAGAUUACGAGUCCACCGCUCUUAACCACUACACCACACUGGGGGAGAGAGCUAGUUCCACAGACGCAAGCAGGCAAAGUCAUAGAAGUGUAACAUUGUAGAGUUGGAAGGGACCCCCCAAGGAUAACCUGCUCCAGCCCCCUGCAAUGCAAGAAUCGCAGCUAAAGAAUCCCCCUGUCAUCUGGGAGGGCCCUGCACUGGCCAAAGUGAAUACCAGCAGGGCCCAGCCGUGGGGUAUGGCAGGGGUGGGAAGGAGACUGACACAUUUCAUUGGUUUGUGCGCAGGCUACAAGCCUCUAACUUUGGGGCUAAUGCGUAGAUCGCAGACUCGUAGAGUUGGAAGGCACCCUGAGGGUUAUCUAGUCCAACCCCCUCCAGUGUAUUUCCUCUUAUCUCUCUGGGGUGCCCAGAUCUAUAGAAAUAGGAAAAGAUGAGUGUGGCAACCAGCCAUCGCCACCUGUUGUCAGGUGUAGGGAAGGUUGGUGGUGCUUGGAUUACUGAGGGCCCCUGGUUUCUGGAGAUUUACAUCUCCAGAGAAGAGCCUUGGAGGUUAAGUGGGUUUAGGGUGAGGGCUUCAAAGAGCAACCAGGACAGGGCUUACGUUGCAGGAGCAGAGCCUAGGCAAAUGAAAUGCCUGCACGAUCCUCCCUCACUCCCUUCUUCCAUUGAUUGCCUUUACAGCCCAGGUUCCCCCUCUCAGAUCUUGGGUUUUAAAAUAGCCCAGUGUUGAGCUUUGCAGGAGACCUGCUGGGAGAAAGCGUGUGCAGGCUGUGUGUGUGCGCGCGCGCGUGUGCAUAUUUUUGUUCCAGGAGAGCGCCUGCUCUUGAAAAGACACUGAGCCUUGGCAAUGGCACAGGGCUUAAUGGAAGCCGCCACCCCCCGGUUCUCCACAUGGGCUCCCUUCUAGCUGCCCUUUCAAGGCAGCCUGUUCUGUCCGCCACAAGGAGAAGUCCGUGGGCUGCUGCUCAUAUCUCACAGUCUGUGCCUGGAUUAUUUCCUCCUUCAACACAAAGCCAGAGUGCUUUUUCCGCCCUGCCUCAGGCAUCUUGGGGACGGGGGCAGUGGUUGAAGCAAAAGCCCCUCCACUUGGCUCAGAAUACUCAUUGCAAAUAUAGGGGAGCAGACAGAGAGACAGACAGACAAAGGCUUUGGGGCCCAAUUUUGACCUAUGUUUUGAAAGGGCUUAGAGAGAGGCAGUUUGGAAUCUGAUUUUUGUUCCUUUGGGAUUUUUGCUCCCUUUGGAGAAGGUGCUGGGUGCAAGUUCAUGCCAAAGUUCACCUUAAAAAAAAAGGAGGGAGGAGCAGGGGUGGAGUGGGGAGGCAUUUAGCAUAAACUGUUGCUAGGUAGAUGAAGGCAAGCUUUCCAGUUGCUCUGGCAGCCAUGCCGCGGGGGGGGGGGGGGCAGUAGGAAUCGGCUUCUUGGGAAGAGCAAAGGUUGGGAUGCUCAGCGGUCCUGCCUUGGAGCUUUGGCCUGAACUCUCGAACCCCUCCCCAACCCGAGCACACAGGCGGCUCAAAAUUGGCCGCUUUGUCAGAAUCCCAAGUAACGGGGCUUGCAAAAAAGGCCAUUCCGUGGCAGGGAAGGGAUUUGUUGGGGGUGUGCUAAGCUCAAGCGGCUGGUGCCCCUCCUGAUGGUGCCAUCCCCCUCCCUCCCCACAGUCCACCUACUGAAGAGGACCCUGCAGAAGUGUGAGAAGUACGGCUGGAUGGAGCAGAUUUCCGGGAAGGGCUUCAGUGGCACCUUCCAGCUGUGUUUCCCCUACUAUCCCAGGUAACGGGGUUGGGGGGGCAACCUCUGCCUUAGGAGGAAGCACCUGAGAUUCCAAGGUGCAAUGUGGGACAGGGCAAGGUGAGCGGGAAAAGUUGAGGAAAUGCUUUAAAUACUCGAGCCAAGCUUAUUCUCACAAACACACCUGUCCUCAAGCUGACUCUCUAACGGCAGGAGUGGGAACCUUUUUGAUUGGCGAGUCCAGAUCGUUUCAUCUCCCACCCCGCAGGCCCCCAACCGCCAAUCAUCUGAUGUCAGGUGACUGAUAGGUGGCGGCCCCCUGGUGAAGCAGCCUUUAGCAGGAUUGAUUCCCACUUCUCCCUGGCUACCAGCUGACAUCAGAUGAUUGACAGGUGGGCCUGGGGGAAGUGACUUUGCGGGCAAAACUGGACACCCCCCCCCCAGUGGGCCAAAGUUCCCCCUCCCUGUUCUAAAGCCUUGGGUGGUUAAAGGUAUGGGAGAGAGGAGGAUCUGGCCCCUUUUGCUCCCAUUGAGCUCCACUUUCCCACCUGGUGAGUUGAUUAUUUCCUCUUGGGGGUGUUCCUUCUUUUCCUCCCUACAGCCCCGGUGUCCUGUUUCCAGAGAAACAGAAAGAGGAAGAGUCAGAGGAGGAUGAAGAGGAAGAGUCAGAGGAAGAGGAGGAGUCAGAGGAGGAGUCAGAGGAGGAAGAGCCCCCUCCAAGGAAAAGGUAUCUGUUGGGGGGCGCUUUUGGGUCCAAGUAGUUUUAACAGUCAUGGCAACCCUCCUGGGCCACCUAGCCUGCUGUGAAGAGUCAGGGGCUGGGGGUGCAGGGCCUGUCCUGAGAGCUUUUCCUUUCCUUGGCAGGAUGCAGAAGCGGCCCCCACCGAAGGCCCGGAACAGGGCCCCCCCACUGGCAAAGCGGCGGGAGGCCAAGCCCAAGCCCCGCAAAGCCCCCGUGGCCCGUCGUGGGAAGGCCAAAGCACCCCCUCCCAAGGUCAAGGCCCCCAAGGCCAAGAAAGCCAAGCCAGCUGCCCCACCCCGCCCGGCCCUCAAGACUCUCUCUGCCCCCAAGAAGCCCUCCUCAGCCGCCAGCGCAAGGAAGGACCUGAAGCCCUCGGCCAAGAAGAGCAAGACCACCAUGCGCAAGUCCCUGAGAGCCAAAAAGUAA